AUGUCCCGGACAUAUGAGACCACCGUUCGACAAGCGCUACAGAUGGCUCAGAACAGUCCAACGGGCGAAUUGGAUCCACAGAUCCUCCAGAUUCUCGAAAACUAUCUCACCCAGCUCUGGGGUCGCAUUCAAGCUCAGCCAGAAACCUACGUAAUGACCGUCCUGGAAUUUGCCGUGUUCAACCUCUUUCGCGCACGCGCCGAAUUCCAGAACGAGACUGCAAGGAAGGCUAUAUCAAGAUAUUGGGACAGCCACACUGCCAGCAACAACACUUCAAACUCGGAGCCUCAGAACUAG